UCUGUUCACACCUCUAACUCACAGCCAUCACCACAAAAAUGGGAAAGGUUCAACUGGACGACAAUGAAACCACAGAAAGGAAAACCGAGUUUAGCUUAGUACGGGUUAAAGGUACCUGGAAGCGCAAACUCAGAAAUAAGGUCAAUAAGGACACAGGUGACUGUGUCUCCCCUGCAAAAAUCUAUGAGAGCAUCACAGAGAAGGGCACCAGUUGGACAGUGGUCAGCCCCAUCGUCUUUACUUACAAGGUAAUGGAGACUCAGGACUUGCUGGACCCAGUCAACGACACACUCCUGCUUGGCCACAUCACCGACCCGCAGCAGCUUGAGGACGUUAAAACAUCAAACAAGCCAAUCAAACGCUUUGUGGUCGUUGACCAGGAAGUCUACAAAAUCUACGCUCCAAAGCUAACUGAAUAUAUGAAGGCCAACAACGUGGUGUACAAGAUCUUGGCUCUACCCACCACUGAGGAGAACAAAUCAAUGGAAAUGGCCUUAAAGAUCCUAGAAGAGGUCAACAACUUCUCCCUUGACCGCCGCACAGAGCCAAUCAUUGCCAUCGGUGGAGGGGUGUGCCUGGACAUAGUGGGCCUGGCCGCCUCACUCUACAGAAGACGCACCCCUUACAUCAGGGUCCCGACCACACUGCUCUCCUACAUCGAUGCCAGCGUGGGAGCAAAGACCGGGGUUAACUUUGCAAACUGCAAGAACAAGCUUGGUGCCUACAUUCCACCCACCGCUGCCUUCCUCGACCUGUCCUUCAUACAAACUGUUCCCCGACGACACAUCUCCAACGGGCUGGCAGAGAUGUUAAAGAUGGCUUUGAUGAAACACAGAGGCCUCUUUGAGCUUCUUGAGACUCACGGCCGCAUGCUGUUGGACACGAAAUUCCAAGCUGACAACAGUGUGUUUGGGCGCAGCUGCUCGCAGGCUGCAUCACAAGCAACUCGCAUUGCCAUCACAACCAUGCUGGAGGAGCUUGCACCAAACCUUUGGGAGGACGACCUAAACAGACUUGUGGACUUCGGCCACCUUAUCAGCCCAGCAUUAGAGAUGAAAGUUCUCCCAUCCCUGCUGCAUGGUGAGGCAGUUAACAUUGACAUGUCUUACAUGGUUUACGUGUCCAAAGAGAGUGGCCUAUUAACAGAAGAGGAAAAGCAAAGGAUCAUCAGCUGCAUGGUGGGCCUGGAGCUGCCUGUCUGGCAUGAGGCGUGUACCAUGGAGCUCAUACAGAGGUCCCUGCAGGACAGGCUGAAGCACUCUGGAGGCCUGGUCAGAAUGCCUCUGCCUGUUGGUCUGGGCCAAGCAGACAUUUUUAACACCACACCUUGUGAGAUCCUGCACAGAGCUUAUGAAAAAUGGUGCGAUGAGCUGAGCAUCUCCUCUGACAGCAGCUGUGGCCAUUGACCUGCCCACGACUGCAUCAUUUCAGUCUGUUUUUAAGACGAUUUUUGCAUCUUGUUGUGAAGUGUAUGUACUCCAGCUUUUCAUUGUCCAAAUUAUUGUUGGAAAAAAACGUUUCAUUAAAAAUGUUCGCCUACUGCAUUUUGACAAUGCAGCAAGGCCAAAUGUGGGGUAACCAUGUUAGCCCUGUUACAGUGUUCUUACAAUCCUUUAUCUUCAAAUGGUGACAAUGACAGAUACUACCUGCCUUAUCCAUGAAUUUGAAGUGCUGCAUAACAGAUCAAAUGAUCAAAUAAGGAUAUAUAUAUAUAUAUAUAUA